AUGCUAAAUUCACAACUGCUUUCACUUUGCGAAACACGAUGGGUAGGAAGACAUGAUGCUUUUCUAGCGUUUAGUGUUGAACUUUCACAAAUAAUUGAUGCACUGGACAAUAUAUCUAAAUGGAAUGACAGAACAUCUUCAAUAAAAGCAAGAAUUUUAUUAUUAUCAGUUAGAGAAAGUGAUUUUAUUGUAUCUUUAGGCUGUGCAGUACAUGAAAUUUUUAGAGCCGCAGAAAAAACAUUUAUUGAAAAAAAUGGUAGUUUUAACUGCAAAAGAAUAGUACAACGACAGACAUGUCGUGAAAAUAUACCUUCAGAUUCAAUUGAAGAGUAUUACAGGCGAUCAAUUUCCAUUCCUCUUUUUGACGCGUUGAUAUUGGACAUAAGUGCACUUAUUGUUAAAACUCUUUCUGCAUUCAGUAAUGUCUAUGGCUUCAUUCUUGGACUUAGUAUCGAAAAUUUACCUGCACCUGAAUUUACAUCGGAAGUUGAACUACAGCAGUGCAAAUGUAUAAGUAUGAAAGAUGAGGAAGGAAUCACAUCACUACCUACUGAUCUUUCUGUUGUUUUUGAUUUGUGUGACCAGGUGCAAUAUCCAAUCACUCAUAAGUUGUUUAAAAUUAUCAAGACAUGUCCUGUAAGUGUUGCCAGUGCUGAGCGUAGCUUCUCAACCUUGCGAAGAAUUAAGAAUUUGCUGAGAACACAAAUGACAGAAAACAGACUAGUCGGAUUAGUUUUACUUAAUGUGCACAGAGAAAUUCCUGUAAAUGUUGAAAAAGUGAUUGACCGUUUUGUGAAUUCGGGAAAUCGUAAAUUAGAAUUUGUAAUAUGA